CCUCGAUCCCGUCGAACCCUUCGGCAAUAAAUACGGCGUCCCAUCAAAAUCGACUCCACCGAUCGAGAUCGAUCGACGAGUGCGGAGGCGAUGGCGGCGGCGGCGGUGGCGGCGCUCCCCGAAGACGUGCUCGCGGAGGUAUUCGUCCGCCUCGACCCGCGCUCGCUCGCGGCGUCCCGCGGCGUCUCCAAGGCGUGGCGCGCCGCCAUCGACGCCCGCCGCCGCCAGCUGUGCGGGGGCCUCCUCCCGCGCUCGCUCGCCGGGAUCUACAUCGGCCACCAGUCCACCGCCUCCGCCUCCCGCCACGUCCCGAGGUUCUUCGCCCGCCGCCCCUCCUCCAUCUCCGGCAGCCUCCACUUCCUGCCCGCCGUCACCGCCGGCGGCGAUAUACCCGUACCACCACCCGGCCGCCACGAGAUCCACGACCACUGCAACGGCCUCCUCCUCCUCGGCGGCGACCCCGACCCCGACACCCACCGCCCGGCCAUCGUCGUCGUCAACCCGGCCACGCGGUGGUGCUCGCCCCCGCUGCCCCCGCGCCGCCCGCCGCGGAUGGGCGCCAGCACCUUCCCCGCCGACUUCCUCGCCUACGACCCCGCCGCCUCCUCCCGCUACGAGGUCCUCUCCGUCACCUGCUUCCGCCGCAGAUGCAGCGCGUGCAGCUGCUGCCUCCCGCCGCCGGGCUCUGGCACGUCGUCGUCGUCGGGCGAGGAACGCGUCCUCCUGGACGAGUUCUCCGAGUGGCCGCCAUCGCUGCAAACCCUAGACGUGUACUCGUCGAGCACCGGGCGGUGGGAGGAGAGGACCUUCCAUCGGCAAGGGGAAGCCGCGAGGACGACGAUCGCCGACAUGCGGAUGGAUUUUUCAGGUCACAAGUGCAAAGCCGUCUACUGGCAAGGAGCACUCUACGUGCAUUACAAAACAUAUUUUAUCAUGAGGUUUUCCUUGUCAGAUGAUAAGUACCAAGUGAUUAAAAUGCCAACGGUUAGGUCGAAUGGCCACUCGCAUUUCUGUCUAGGGAGGUCAGAGAAGGGCGUGUACCUUGCAUUGAUCACAAAGCCACGCUCGCUUCAGGUUUGGGUUCUCAACGAAUCGUGCGACGAAAUGGAGUGGGUGCCGAAGCACGAAAACAACCUCGAUUCCGUGUUUCCCCGGCAAACUCGCCGCCGAUGGAUGCUCUUGCAAGAUCUUGAUAAGAAGGACAGUACUACAUUUCGCAAGGAACAUGACGAAGAGAUCGAUUUCGAAUGGAGCUCCGACGGCGACGAUGACAGCGAUCAUCGCGGUAAUGUUCCUGAGUACAGGCUCCCAGCAACGAUCUUCCAGGGAUACCAUGGAAACGUUGAUAAUAAUGCCCUCGGAUUUGGUAAUUUUCCACAACCGCCGAUCCCAAUGUUCUAUCAUGGAUACCAUGGGAACAUCGAUGUUCUCGGAUUCCAUCCGUACAAGGAGAUUGUUUUCUUAUGUGAAGCGAUGCAGACUGGACUAGCCUACCAUUUGAAGACCUCAAAGAUGGAGAUCUUGGGCAAGUUACCUCUGGUCAGCAGCUGCGAGGAAAUUUUAUCCAACAAAAGUUUCACCGGUGUGUCUCUUCCAUAUACACCGUGCUGGAUGUGAUGGUGCUUGAGAAGAACAAAUUAUUCUGGAAGACACAUUGAUCGCUCUGCUGCAAUAUAUAUACAGGAUAAUAUGUCAAAUGGAUGAUGGAUCCAUGGUGAUCUGGCGAAGAUAGCAUUUGUGUUUGCAAGAUGAUUGAGCUGCGAAACAAAAAUGCCUGCUCACUUUGGAGUUCUGAUCAAGCCGUUCUCUUUUUUUAAUAUAAAAAUUGUUUGCUACUAUCAAAUAACCGUUCAAGCUGUCUUAAUCUAGUUCCGUUUCUUCUUUA